AUGUCGGAUGUGUCGAACUCCUUCUCAGCUUGGGAGACUCUGCCGGAGGACGAACCUCCGCCGUGCAUCGCAGUUCGACGCCCAGUGUCACCUCCACGCCACUAUGAGGCGACGUCGGACGGUAUAGCGACCGGUGAGAGGCGAUCAAAUCUCAGGUUGCUCAGGACGUCAUUGAUUCUGGACCAAGGCGACACACACACGACUCGCCGUGGAGACUGUCUCAGACUGUGUACUUACAACGCGAGAACAGUUUCCACAGACGCUGACCUGCAUGCCCUUCUCGGAGCUGCAAAGCGUAUCAAAUUUCACGUGAUUGCUCUGCAGGAGACCAAGUGCAGAAGGAGCGACGUACGACAGAUGAAUGACGGUACACUCGUCAUUCGUGGAGAGAAGGUUCCGUCGCGAAAUGUAGGCGGUGUUGGUUUUGUUGUGCACCCAUCUGUCGUCCAUCUCGUCGAUUCUCACGAGAUCCUGUCACCUCGUCUGUCAUUUCUUCGCCUCCGCCCUCUGCGCCAAAAAUCCAUCACUAUCAACUGCUACUCACCAACAUCAGUAGCUGAUGAAUUCGAAUUGGACGCGUUUUACGAGGAGCUGGAAGAAGUGGUCCGCAACGAGAAGUUCUUCUACAAAUUCGUUGUCGGAGACUUCAACGCAAAACAAGGAAAGGCCACAGAAGAGGAAUACAGGAUUGGAAGAUUUGGACUAGGGGACCGGAAUGAAAAUGGCAAUCGUCUCGCCGGGCUGUUGUCCGCCGCUCGUCUCUUUCAUGUGGUUCUGAUCACCAUCUUCUUCGUGCGAAAAUACGACUUAGCCACACGAUGGAAAAGAACAUCUGCUAUCGGUGACUGGCACAUCGAGGAAGACCCAAAUGUGGACUACGAGAUGCUGCUCAGAGUAUUACGAGCUUGUGCUGAACGUGCCUCGAAGCCGCGCACGACAAACUUGGAUCGAGUUUUGAAGACCACCAAGGAAUUGUUGGAAAGAAGAAGGGCUUUGAGGCUUGAUCCGAAUGCAUCGCACAUAGAGCGGUUAGUAACAAACACUAGCUGCAGAAAAGCGUUGCAGGAGGAUCUUUUGAAGUGCAGGCAGAAGAAGAUUCUGGAAGCAGCACAAAGAAGAACGAGUCUAAAGAAGUGCCGCAGGGAUCUGCGCGAAUAUAAUAUUCCGCUAGCAACCUUGCUGCGCAAAGACGGGACUCGCACGUCUUCUCGUCGUGAGAUGGAAAUCAUUACGGAGAGGUUCUACUCGAACCUUUUCCGUUCAUCAACUCCUGUGUCAAGCCCAAUCAUCCCCACUGGCGAAGCUCCGCCACGGAUUCUCCCUUCGGAAGUUCGAGUCGCUAUCAAGAGCAUGAAACCUGGCACAGCCCCCGGACCUGAUUUUAUAUCAGCAGACUUUCUUGGGGCUGGUGGCCAUCCGCUUCAUGUAAUCUUAGCAGCGCACAUGACAUCCUACCUUCAGAAAGAAAGGAUCCCAGGCCAGUGGAAGACCUCGCGAACCGUUCUCAUCCAUAAGAAAGUAUUCACCAAGAUCAUCCUCACGCGCAUAUCUAGGACGCUGGAUGAAGCCCAGCCUCAAGAACAAGCUGGAUUCCGCCAGGGGUUCAGCUGCUUGCAUCACAUCCGGACUGUGUCGAGGGUCAUAGAGGUUUGCCGCGAAUACCGCCUGCCCCUUGUUCUAACCUUCGUCGACUAUGAGAAUGCUUUUGACAGCGUAGAAACGAAUGCAAUACUGUCAGCGCUGGUCGACCAAGGUGUGGACGCGUCGUAUGUGAGGACAUUAGCCAAUUGCGAUCGAUGCACGACUAGGAUACAGCUUUUCCACAGUCUUCUCACCAUACCCAUUGGAAAGGGAGUACGACAAGGCGAUACUAUAUCGCCGAAGCUGCUCACGGCUGCAUUGCAAUGGAUAAUGAAAUCACUAUCCUGGAAAGAAAGGGGCAUACGUGUUGAUGGAAGAUUUCUUUCAAACCUUCGUUUCGCGGACGACAUCGUUCUCUUUUCGAGCAGUACCAAUGAAGCAGAAAUGAUGCUCAAUGAAUUGAACGAAGCAGGGAAGAAAACUGGACUACGAAUAAACAGAAAGAAGGCACAGUUCAUGAAGAACGCCUACUGCGAGGACGGAGGAGUACAACGUGAAGGCUCCCAAAUCGUGGAAACUCCGUCAUACGUAUACCUCGGACGUUCUAUGAACAUGCAGAACCCCGAAGCAAUCAUCAUCUACAAGCAUUUCGAGCUGAUAGCUAUGCGUUACACACUUAUUGUUAUUGCCCUGGCUGUGACUGUGUUGGAAUGUUCUGACCAAUUACCAGACUGUGAGAAAGAUUUGCCUAGUAUAGCACCUCCUCUUGGCAAAGAGUUAAGAAAGACGUUGUCGGACGGAGUUCAAGCAAACAUGAAGGAAGACAGCAAACCGGAAUACAACUGUUACCUGGAAUACCUUGGAUGGUUGGGAUUGAACGACACAUCUGAUAGGUCGCUGGGAUGGCUCAAACACGCAGACACAUAUCUUUUCAACUUCACCAAGAAGGGCGAAAAGGAAAACGAGACACCGACAGAAGAAUUCCUCACCGAAUUGGGAAAAGACACUAAAGUAAAGGAAAAAGAUUGGAAACGGUUUGGUUGCAACUACAUUUACAAAGAGGAAGCCUAUAAAUACACCUGCAUCUUUUAUCGUUAUAAUGAGGAUGAUUCCUAA